AUUUCUACUUCAAUAUCGAUUUAUUCUUAGUUUUAGCAAAGAUUUCCAUUAAAUAAACGAAUGUUUAUUGAGUAUUAAGUAAUUGGCCGAAAUCCAUGCGGUUGUUCGUGGUGACAUUUUCCAUUGGCUUAAUGCAAUAUUGAGAAAUGUGAUCUACAUGUGCUGAAGAACUGCGACUAAAUUCAGAAAAUUAGAAUUAUUUCAGUGAGAAACGACGGAAAAGUCUUUAUUUUAGUUAAUAUUAGUUAUUUAUUACAACAGAUAGAAUGUCGGUGUUUGCGAGGAAGAGAGCCUCUGUGGGGCGGAAGUACACUUCUACGAGUACUUCGAGUAAUGUGCAAUUCAGUAUACCGAAUAAAGGUAACCUGCAGGGUAUCUUCGAGAACUAUUUGGAUAGGACUGACACCAAGGAUUAUGAAACUCUUCUGCUGAUGAUGAGAGAUUACCAACUUAGCGAUGAGAACAUCAUCACUUUGUUGACAGAGGCCACGAUGUGUGUGUCCGUUUUGAAUGAGGAGCUCCAGCUGUUCAUUGAGGCAACAUUGAAACUGGAUUGGACCACGAGAAGUCCUGGUGUGAUAUGCAUGUUUCAGAGUUUUCUACAUGCUUUAAUGACUGUGCACAAUUGCCACAUCAAGUUUAUUAUUAAUAAUUUAGUUAAACACUUUAUAACAGAAGAUAAUGUGCAGGAAUGGGUGGAUAAUGAACCCACGAAAGCAGAAUCAAUCAAAUAUGAUUGUAUCCACCAUGUCUUUAAUAUUAUGUUAAAAAUGUUCCCAAUGAUCAAAGAGGAUAUAUUUUUAGAAUUAGUUAGCCAAUUCCCUUACAUCAACAAGACUGCGCACAACUUUGAAGUGUACCUCUACAAUUUGUUAAGGAUUGUGGAUUACUCUCCACCUUUUAGGCAAGACAUCUUGAGGUUGAUAUUCUCUAAAUUAGUUUUAAUGGACGCUCACGCUCCGAAAGAGGAGAUUUCUCGAUUGGAAGAGGAAGAGGACGUUUUUGAAAUGGAUGAGAAGACCGAAAUGAGACUGCCCUUAGCCCAUGCACUUGAUGUCAGCAUGAAAAUGAUCUUCGACAACUUCGAAACCAUAUGCUGUACACCAGAAACGAAGCAACUCGACUGGGAGAAAGCUAAAGGACUUUACCUGGAGAUGCUGAACAUAUUCGACGAGGUGAUUCUUCCGACCUUCAACAUCCACCACGUACAAUUCGUGAUGUACUACAUCUGCAGUCUGAAAAGCACGUUCUCUGAAGCCUUUUUGAACCAUCUGUGGAAGAAAAUUAACUCCACCGCUGUACCGACAAUACUUAAGCAAUCAGCAGUUUAUUACAUGGGAAGUCUCAUUGCUAGAGCAUCGUUCAUUCCUUUAAGUAUGUUAAAAGGAACUUUGCAGCAAUUCGCCGAAUGGAUACACGCUUAUAUCCUAAGGCAAGAUGGUUUGGAGUUUGUGCAUUGCGAUAUAAGGCAUCACAGUUUGUUCUACUGCAUUUGCCAAACGCUCUUUUACGUCGUCGCGUUCCGUCAAAAGGAUUUAGUCAACACAAAGAAGAAUAUAACGUUUUUGGAGAGUCUGAAUUUGGGCAAAAUCGUCUUGUCUCGACUAAAUCCAUUGCGCGUCUGUCAACCAGCCGUUGUGCAGAAUUUCGCUGCGGUUACCAGAACUUAUCAAUUGGCAUAUUGCUACACUGUAAUGGAGCACAACGCUAGGAAUACUAUGCCUACAAUUUACUUGGAUGAGCACGGAUCUGUCGUUCCCAUGAAGAACGUGUUGGAUUGUUUUUUCCCAUUCGAUCCUUACGUAUUGAAAAGAUCAAGUGAACGCGUUGCUCCGCAUUACAUUAAAUAUCAAGAACCAGACUGUGACGAUAUGUACGAUGAUGAGCAGAAGGAAACCGAAGAGGACGACUUCCUCAACGAUUCGAGGAUGUCUAAGAAGUUCUCCGAGUUCUCUUACGGGACUUCACCAGGCUUCAAGAUGGCCGUUAGUUAGAUUAUUCGAUUGUUUCGAGAAACAAAUGUGUAUUGAUGAUACUCAGUUAUUAUUUUCUGUACGUGUACAAUCGAUUGUAUUAUCAUUUAUUUUCGCAAUUUUUUUUUAUACAAUAAACCAUC